CAAAGCAUCGCAAAUAAAAGAAAGAAACCUAGAAAUAUCUGAACGCAGAACAAUAUCGUUAUCUUUAUAUUUGCUCCCUCAGUCCCUCCCUUCGUCCUAUCGCAGCAGCUCCUACAGCAUUCUUUUGCUAUAUUUAUCGAUGAUUAUUCAGUAUAUACAUGAAUGACCUUUCCAUGCCUUCAUUAGAGCUUACUUCUUCUCAGCAUUUCUUCCAGCUUCAUCGCAUUUCAUUUGGGUCUCAGAAGUUGUAUCAUUCCUAUGACAGGGGACUGUCAUUUUUGUGGAGAUCUUUCAAGAUCUCCACGACACAAAGAGCGUUUAGUGUCAGUCAUUUUAAAAUGCGAUGUGACAGAGUACUGAUUAAUGCAGUUGCUACUCUUGAACCCAAAAUUGUAAAUGAGAAGAAUGCACAUGAUGGGCACUGUACAUUACAUAUUCAUAGUGAUUCAGAAACACUACAACGGGCUGAGCACCAAUCUACAAGUGAUGAUGAGUUGGAUGAUAGAGAGAAGUUGAGAAGGAAGAGAAUCUCUAAAGCAAAUAAAGGGAAAUCACCUUGGAAUAAAGGCAGGAAGCAUAGUCCAGAAACCCGACAAAGGAUUAAAGAAAAGACAAGGCUUGCCAUGCAGGAUCCUAAGGUAAGGAUGAAGUUGAUUAAUCUGGGACAUACUCAGAGCAAAGAAACAAGGGUAAAAAUAGGGGUUGCGGUGCGAAUCGGGUGGAAGAAACGUCGUGAGAAGCUGAUGCUGCAGGAAACAUGUCAUGUUGAUUGGCAAAACCUGAUAGCUGAGGCCUCAAGAAGGGGAUUAACUGGUGAGGAAGAACUACAAUGGGACUCCUACAAUAUCUUGGAUGAACAGCUUGAGAAGGAAUGGGUGGAAAGUGUUCAACAAAGGAAGAGAGCUCCCAGGCCCAAAGGUAGCAAGAGAGCACCCAAAUCAGCAGAGCAGAGAAAAAGAAUUUCGGAGGCGAUUGCUGCCAAGUGGGCCGAUCCUGCUUACCGUGAUCGUGUAUAUACUGGUCUAUCCAAAUAUCAUGGCACCCCAAUCGGUGCUGACAAUCCGAGAAGAAGGCAAAAAAGAGCAAGCACAAGCACAAGCAUAUUGAAGAAGAAAAAGAACAAUGUAACAGAUAACCCUGCAGGCAAUGAAAGAAAAGCCUCAACUCCACGGUCAAGAAUAAAAAGGAGUAAUGCGCCCAUCUAUAAAGAUCCUCUGGCGAGUUCAAAGUUGCAGAUGAUAAAAACUAUCAGAGCUGAUAGAGAAAAUAAAAAAGCCGAAGCCGUGAGAAGAGCAAAGUUGUUAAUUGCUGAAGCAGAGAACGCAGCGAAGGCCCUUGAAUUGGCUGCAAGCAAGAGCCCUCUUGCUCAAGCUUCCCUCAUUGAAACUAGGAAGCUCAUAGAUGAGGCAAUUCAGUCUAUUGAAUCAAUAGAGGGUAGUUUUGACGAGAAUGAGCCAGACAGCCCUUUAAGUCUCAGCGAUGUCGAGGACCUUAAAUCUAGAGGAUUUGUGACAAAGGAUCAGAUAGAAGUAAAUGGAGCCUCACUGUCGAAUUUUGAUGACAUUUCAGACUCUGCUAUUGGAAAGUUCAAUCUGCAACAAUUACUGAACCACGAGGAUGAAAAUCUACCUAGCAGCUCGUACGAUGUAGAUUUUAUGAAUGAUAUGGACUACUUGAAAGGAUUGCUUGAUAAUGAAACUGAUUUGUCUCAGUUGGAACCACUAAACAAGCCCUCUAGCUUAACCCAUCAAUUGGAUCUCCUGGCACCCAAUGGUACUACCGCCAAACAUGGAAACCCAGUACCAAAUGGAGCAAAGUCUGAGUUAUUGGAAUUAAAGAAACCUCCUAAAUCAAUAAAUUCAAGCAAAGAGAAGCCACCUAAAUCAACAAAUACAGUCAAAAAGUGGGUUCGCGGAAAGCUGGUUGAAGUGACGGAAGGAGAUUAGAGAAAACAACCCUAUUUUGAACCAGGCAGGCUAGCUGGCUUUUGUCUCAUUCAGCUUUGGUAAGAUUAAGGCAUUUGAAGCUAUGGUCUACAUGUUAUAAUCUGCCAACACUCACCACAAACUGAUAGCUUAGUUCGGUGCUGAAUAAGUUAGUGUUCUGUAGUUUUGACAUUGUUGGCGAAAACGACGUGAUCUAUGUGAUGUCGUAUAUUAGCAGAAAGAGUAAUUGUUGGCCAAAGACUGCUAGUCGUGGUUAAAUAUGUCCAUAUUGUUGUCAGUAUGCUUGUACUAAGAUUGUAGCAUGGACGACUUGGUUGUUUGGUGUUUGCCAUGAUGUGCAUUGUGCUGUGUAGCCUUCAUCUUCCAAAGCUCCAGGUAGCUGAUUAGUAGAGCAAGGAUGAUAUUAAGAUAGAGGUGGUUAGGUGACAGUGAAAUCAUUUAGAAUUUCUCUUAUUUUAUGUAAUUUGAACGAUUAAGAUAUGCACCUUGGGCCUCGCUUUUGUACCAUAUAAACCUGGUCGGCUAGUUUGGUUACUAUGUGCUCAGAGGAAUAAGACUGGUUAAUAUUCACAAGA